AUGAAGACAACAAAGAUAACAGGAGCACUUUUAUUUCUAAUAGGUUUUAUGUAUAUAAGUGCUAGCUUAAAUAGAGCGCCUGCAUUAGAUAUAGCAGACUCUGAUGAUAGUACUCCAACUCAUGCUCUUCCAGAGAUGGAAAGCGACAGCAGUGAGUCAAACAUAGAAUGCAAAGGAAGGUUACGAGACAAAGGGAAGUUUUUCCAAUUUGAAAAGAAGACACAAAGUAGCACUAAAAUAAGUAAUGAAGAGGGUAGGUCAGCUAGCUCUACUUAUUUUUUUGACAGAGCACUAGAAGAAAAUAGUUACAUUCUUGAGAUGAUGAAGAUAGAUAGGGUGGUUAAUAAAAGGCUUGAUGAGAUGAAAAAAUCAAGGAAGGAUUUUAAGGAGACUGAUAAAAGUCCUGCCCAAGAAAGCGAUGACUCUCAAACACGCGUUGUGAAAAGACAUAAAAUAAGAAAAGAAGAAAAAUGUGAAGAACAAUCCAGUGUUUACAGAGUUACUAAUAAAAUUGUCACAGACAGCGUAAGUGUUCUUGAACAAGAUUCCUCAAUAGGUGCUGCAAAAGAUGAAGAAGAGCGUAGUAGCCCAGAGAAAGAAACUACCAUAGAGCCAGCUAUAGAAAAGAAAGAAGUCUUGCAGGAGGUUAGUCAGAGUGAGACUGAGUACGAGGAAGAUUUAGAUACUUCUAACGAGGACUCUGAGUCUGACAGUAAAGAAGAAGAGUUUCAGGAAAAAGGCAUUGACGUGGAAGGGUUAGAGCCCAUCCCACCAAGAAGACCUGCUCAGACAAAAGAGGGGAAAGUAGCCUCUGUGAUACCAGAUGAAAGAAAGUCUUGCUUUAAAAUGUUCGAAAAGUACAAAAGUAACUUACCAUAUGCCAUAUUUGGUGUUAUACACAAAGACUUGUUCACAUUAAAAGUGACAGAGGAAGAGACAAAUAAUAUUAAGAAAGACAUUUUAUCAGAAGCGAUGUACCUAAAUAUGGAUAAAGGUUUAGAAAUCUCAGAUGAUAUAACAGCAGAAAAUAUACAUAUUGAUAGUAGUUAUAAUCUGAAUUUGAAAGAAAUCCUUCUAUGUGGCAACCACAAUGCGUAUACAGAUGUGCUGAAGAAGAUAUAUGGGAACCUGCUUAAUAAAAUCUGCAGGAUACUCGAUGCAAUGGGCUUAAGUGAGAAUGUAUCAGAUAUAGUUCAAUCUGUGCUCUCUGAUAAUCUUUCCAUGAAUCUAAUGAUAAACACAGAAGUACUAGAGUACAUGUGCCACUACAGUAUAAAAGACACAAAAGAGUACUCUCUGUACUAUAAAUAUCUGCCCAAGGUAAAUAUAUUCAGCACGAAGCUUAACAAACUUAAAUACAAAGAGUGCUGUGCCAUAGCAACAGAAUACAUUAAUGCAAUGAAUACAGGAGAGAUGUAUAUAGAAUCCCGCAAAUCCAAGAAAUUAAGCCAGAUAAAAGUGGAUCCGUGGGAUGUACUCUUGAAUUCUAUAAAUAUACUGGAGAGAAUUAUAAAAACAUUCAAAGACCAAGAGAGUGGCACAGAAGAAAUGGGCUUAUUCUCAAUCAUACACUACUACAUACGCUAUGCAAAUGUGGUUGGCUUUAAAAAGAAGGACCAAAAUGUCAAGGUAUUCAAGAACUUCUUAAGGCUUGCUGUGACUAUAAUGCACUGUAAUAGCCCAACCCUAAAGAGUAUAUACUACAGAGAGUUAUCGAAACUGCUUAGUAUAAUUAACUUGGACGUAGUGCCUUUAUCCUCCCUGAACUCUGCAGUAGAAGGCACAGCCCCAAGCUCUCCAGUAGGAAAAAACCUUGUGUGGAGUGCAAGUAUGCUAGGAAGAGAUGAAAUUUCAUUGGAUGGCAUAACAUACGAAGAAUUGAAAAAGAAGAAAGACACAAUUCAGGUUGUUAUAUCUGGGCUUAUGACCAAUUUCAUUAUACAGUUUACUAGAGAGAUGUACACCGUAUACAUGCCAGAUCUGUGCAACCUCACUGUAAACAGCCUGAAAGACUAUAGGGACCAGAUUUCGCGAUUUAUGCCAAUCUGUGGGGAGCCGCUUCGAAUGAAAAUGGAGUUACUCACAAGUUACGCUUCUAAAAUAUCCAAGUCAUGCUGGGACACAGAGAUGACAAAAAUCUUUAAUGGCCUUGCAAGAGAGAAGAACGUCAAUGUGUCACAAAAUACCUUCUAUCAGAGCGAACUUGAAUACUGUCUCUUCAUGGCAGCCUACUACAAAGGACACCACAGAAGCCUUCAAAAAUGCUUCAAAAGAACGAUAAAUGAGUUGGCAGUACACCUGCAGAAUGUCUAUAUUCUUUCCUUCUGCAUGAACUUUAAUCUGCCGUCUAUUAGCAAGGACAUUGCAGACUUGAGUGCUCCUGAUGUAAGCCACCCUCAAAAUACUUUAGCAGCUUCUAUAUCUAUGCAGGGCGACAAUGCGCUAGAGUGCAGUGCACAGAAGGAUGCACCGCAGACAGAUAAUUCAGAGUGCUCAAACACAGAGGAGUUAACUAGUAGCAAGGCAGACCAGGAAUCAGCCACAGAGAGUGAAGUAUCACUUCAGGAGACCCAGCCAAAUAGUACUCUAGAAAAUAUAUCCAACAUGAAAGCCAAGAAGACCAAAAAGGAUGUUAUAAAUACCAUUGUAAUCAAUAACUACCUCACAGCAUUCUGCCUCCACUUGGCUACCUGCCCAGAGUGCCAUAAAGGCAUAAGUUUAUUGUCCACGAAUAAGAAUAGCAUAGAUUAUAAAGUUGCCGAGCGCAUAGGCAAUAUAUCGUAUUCUUAUUUAUCCACAAAUAAUAUUGCUACAAUGUACUCUAGCAACCUAAAGCUUUCAAAAUCAAAAUACAGCAGGAAUGCUACUCAGAAAGUCUUACAGAGGAUUAAUAUAAAGUGCCCUGCUAAGAUGUCUAAGAAAAAGAAAAACUAA